UACCGUAAUGUCCCUAGAAUACGUGCAUCAUUUGUGUGCACCUCAGCGUGGAGUUGACUUCCCACGAAAUCUGAUCAGGAAACAACUGCACUAGGUGUGCCGGAGGUGUGUGUGGCUCGUGAGGGUGUGUGUGAGUGUGUGUGUGUGUUGGGACAACGUGGACUGCAGCCAUGAGCAACCCGUUCGCCCGCCUCGUGGAGCCGCUCCACCCAGAGCAGCCGGAACACAAGUUCUACAACCUCACCAAGCUGGAGGACCCCCGAUACCUGCGUCUGCCGUUCUCUAUUCGUGUUCUGUUGGAGUCUGCGGUGCGGAACUGUGACGAGUUCCUGGUGAAGAGUUCCGAUGUGGAGAACAUUCUGGACUGGCAGAACACGCAGAGCAAGACUGUGGAGGUUCCCUUUAGACCCGCACGCGUCAUCCUGCAGGACUUCACGGGGGUGCCUGCGGUGGUGGACUUUGCGGCGAUGCGUGACGCGGUGAAGCAGCUGGGUGGAGCCCCACAGAAGAUCAACCCCAUCUGCCCUGCCGACCUCGUCAUCGACCACUCCAUACAGGUGGACUUCACCAGGAAGUCUGACAGCCUGCAGAAGAAUCAAGACCUGGAGUUCGAGAGGAACCGAGAAAGAUUCCAGUUUUUGAAGUGGGGUUCUAAGGCAUUCCGGAACAUGCGCAUCAUUCCGCCGGGCUCGGGCAUCGUGCACCAGGUGAAUCUGGAGUACCUGGCGCGGGUGGUGUUCCAGCACCACGGCCUCUACUACCCAGACAGCCUGGUGGGCACCGACUCACACACCACCAUGAUCGACGGCCUGGGAGUACUGGGCUGGGGAGUGGGCGGGAUCGAGGCGGAGGCGGUGAUGCUGGGCCAGCCAAUCAGCAUGGUGCUGCCGGAGGUCAUAGGUUACCGGCUGCAGGGGACCCCCGACACCCUCAUCACCUCCACUGACAUCGUCCUCACCAUCACCAAGCAUCUGCGUCAGGUGGGCGUGGUGGGGAAGUUCGUGGAGUUCUACGGGCCGGGUGUGUCCAGCUGUCCAUCGCUGACCGCGCCUACCAUCGCCAACAUGUGCCCUGAAACACACACCACCGCCGCCUUCUUCCCCGUAGACCACAUCAGCCUGCAGUACCUGGAGCAGACAGGUAGAGAUGCUGAGAAGUUGAGUUAUAUUACUGCCUAUCUGAAGGCAGUGGGGAUGUUCAGAGACUACAGUAAUGAGUCAGAGGACCCUGACUUCACCCAGGUGGUGGAGAUGGACUUGAGUGCGGUGGUGCCCUGCUGCAGUGGGCCCAAGAGGCCACAGGACCGCGUCGCCGUCUCCGACAUGAAGUCCGACUUUGAGGCCUGUCUGGGGGCCAAGCAAGGGUUCAAGGGGUUCCAGAUCUCUGCUGAGCACCACGUGGACUCGGUUCCGUUCCAGUUUAACGGCGUGGACUACUCGCUCUCACACGGAUCCGUCGUCAUAGCAGCCAUCACCAGCUGCACCAACACCAGCAACCCUUCCGUCAUGCUGGGGGCCGGCCUGCUGGCCAAGAAGGCCAUAGAGCUGGGGCUGAGUGUGAAGCCGUACAUCAAGACCAGCCUGUCGCCGGGCAGCGGCGUGGUCACCUACUACCUGAAGGAGAGCGGCGUCAUGGACUACCUGUCCCAGCUAGGGUUCGAGGUGGUGGGCUAUGGCUGCAUGACAUGCAUUGGCAACAGUGGACCCUUACCUGAGCCUGUGGUUGAGGCCAUCACUAAGGGGGACCUGGUGGCAGCUGGGAUCCUGUCGGGCAACCGUAACUUUGAGGGGCGCGUGCACCCCAACACUCGUGCCAACUACCUGGCCUCGCCCCCCCUCGUCAUCGCCUACGCCAUCGCCGGCACCGUGCGCAUCGACUUCCAGAACGAGCCCAUCGCGGUGUCCCGUGAGGGGAAGGAGGUGUUCCUGAGGGACAUCUGGCCGACACGGGAGGAGAUCCAGAGUGUGGAGCGCCAGUACGUCAUCCCAGCCAUGUUUAAAGAGGUGUACGAGAAGAUCGAGAAAGUGAAUGAGCAGUGGAACUCGCUGGUGGCCCCCUCUGAUGAGUUGUACACAUGGGACCCCAAGUCCACCUACAUCAAGUCCCCGCCCUUCUUUACAGGACUGACGCGGGAGCUGCAGCCUCCUCAGACGAUCGUGGACGCGUACGUGCUGCUGAACUUCGGCGACUCGGUGACGACUGACCACAUCUCCCCCGCAGGAAACAUCGCCCGCAACAGCCCUGCUGCACGCUACCUCACCGGCCGAGGGCUGAAUCCUCGUGAGUUCAACUCGUACGGUUCUAGACGGGGGAACGAUGCAGUCAUGGCCCGCGGAACCUUCGCCAACAUCCGCCUCCUCAACAAGUUCCUGGGCAAGCAGGCGCCCAAAACACUCUACCAGCCCACAGGGGAAACGAUGGACGUGUUUGACGCUGCCGAGUGCUAUCAGAAGGAUGGCCACCCUCUCCUGGUGCUUGCUGGGAAGGAGUACGGCUCCGGGAGCUCCAGAGACUGGGCCGCCAAAGGACCCUUCCUGCUGGGCAUCAAGGCAGUGUUGGCGGAGAGCUACGAGCGGAUUCACCGUAGCAACCUGGUUGGCAUGGGGAUCAUGCCGCUGGAGUAUCUCCCUGGAGACACGGCCGACAGCCUGGGCCUGACCGGCCAGGAGCGCUACACUGUGGUCAUCCCAGAGCAGCUCACGCCACGCAUGCUAGUGGACAUCAAGCUGGACACUGGGAAGGCGUUCCAGGUGCGGAUGCGCUUCGACACGGAUGUGGAGCUCACCUACUACCACCACGGUGGCAUCCUCAACUACAUGAUCCGCAAGAUGUCCGCCGAGUAGAGAGGACCUGAGAGAAGACAGGCCAAACUAAACGCACACGCCCUCCCCACGGAGACCCAGCUGUUCUGUCCUCUGCUAGUUGUGUCUUCUUCUGUUGCCAUGGAAACUCUACCAUUCUGUCCUCGUUAGCUCUAUCUUCUUCUGUUGCCAUGGAAACUCUACCAUUCUGUCCUCGUUAGCUCUGUCUUCUUCUGUUGCCAUGGAAACUCUACCAUUCUGUCCUCUGUUAGCUCUGUCUUCUUCUGUUGCCAUGGAAACUCUACCAUUCUGUCCUCGUUAGCUCUGUCUUCUUCUGUUGUGGUUGUUUAGGAGCAGACGGCCUUCUGAUCUCAACUGUACGUUUCUGUUUCCCCCAGCGUGUGUGUGUGUGUGUGUGUGUGUGUGUGCGUGUGUGUGUGUGUAUCGUUUGUUUGUUUGUUUGUUUAGUGUUGCCCCUGCUUCACUAGCGCAAGGAACUCUUUUAACGUGUUUUUAAAUGACCAGCUAAUCUAGUGUUGCCACUCACAGCUCCAUACGGUUGCUAGCAGAGCUCGCUAGCAGAGCCCGCUAACAGAGCCCGCUAACACGGCCGAAAAUAAUCUAAUCCUACCUCAGCGGUCGCCAACAUCACAGGUGCGUCUAGACCACGCCCUGGUCCAAUCACAGGCCAGUCUGGGGGGCAGCAGUGCCCUUAUUGGCUGGCCUUGACUCCGUUGGCGAACGUGAAGCCCAAGGCUCCAUCAGAAUGUCGUCCGAAGGCUAAAGGUUACUCGCUAAAGUUUUACUGCUCCGCCAAACGCAAACGCACAAAUCAUGUCUGUGUCCUUUAUUUACCACAAAUCAUGUCUGUGUCCUUUAUUUACCACAAAUCAUGUCUCUUUCGUUUAUUUGCCGCUUGCUUCGGUUGAUUUUACUGCUCCGCCAAACUCAAACGCACAAAUCUUGUCUCUUUCGUUUAUGUGUUUACGGCUUGCUCUGGUUGGUCGCUGUGGUGGCUCUGUAGCACUUCCUGCCCAGUCUCAUUGGCUGCACUAAAAUGCAGAGGAGGCGGGGCUCUCUUCAGCCCACCCCCCGCAGGGCAACCAAUCAAGUCGUUGUUUUAAUGUAGACCAGUGUGGGACACCCAAUCAGCAUUUAGCCAGUAGGCGGGACUUGGGCCUUGUCUCCAAUUAGGUUGUCAUUCCACAGGAGUCAGCUAAUGUGCUGUACAUGGAAUAACAACACACACACACUCACACACACACUCACACACUCACACAUGCACACUCACACAUGCACACCAUGUCGCAUACACACACACACACACACACACACACACACACACACACACCUAAAUAAAUGAAUAGGUAAUUAAAUACUUAUGUAAUAAUGAUGAUAAUAUAAUAGAUAGGUCUUUAUAUUACAAUACGCACACACACACACUCACACAUGCCCACCAUGUCGCAAUGUCGCAUACACACACACACACACACACGCACUUAAAUGAAUGAAUAAGUAAUGAAAUACUUAUACGUGUAAUAAUCAUGGCAUAGUAGAGGUCUUUGUAUUACAAUGUGUAAUAUUCUGUGUGUGUGUGUGUAAUAUUCCAUAUCUGGUGUGUGUGUAUGUGUGUGUGUGUGUGUGUGUGUGUAAUAUUCCAUAUCUGGUGUGUGUGUGUGUGUGUGUGCGUGCACAUGAGUAUUAUUCCAUAUCUGUGUUGUCUGUGAUGGUUAAGUUAGGACUAGGAGGUGUAGUCAGUACUGUGCUCAAUAUAGUCUUAUAGGGAAGUCUGUGUGUGUGUGUGUGUGUGUGUGUGUGUGUGUCUGUGUGUGUGUGUAUAGUCUUAUAGGGAAUAUUUCCACAUUUUUCUGAAUAUUUCCACAAGUGCCUACUGGCCUAUCCAGCGUUAGACUCCGAGAGCACUCAAAGAAGAGGUGUGUGUGUGUGUGUGUGUGUGUGUGUGUGUGCGUGUGUGUCCUUCCCUCCCUCUUUCUUCACCUACUCUGUCUACACACACACACACACACACAUAAAAUUGAGCUGGACAUGCUGUGUGAAACAGCAGACUCCCUCUCUGAUCCGAGAUGAUGUGUACAAAUGCAGCCAAAACAUCUGAGAUGAGAGCAUCAGUUCGCCACACACACACACACACACACACACACACACACACACACACACAGACACACACACACACACACACACACACACACACACACACACACACACAGACACACACACACACACACACACAGACACACACACACACACACACACACACACACACACACACACACACACACACACACGCAGGCACACACUGAAAUGAUGUGUUCUACGCACAUCCAAUCAGCGCAGACAGAGGGCGCCAGAAACCCAUCUACUCCCCUCCAGCCGCAGGCCAAGCAUCACCCUUCAUAAAUAACUACGCCAGCUCUCUUAAUACUGCUCCUUAUUAAUUAUGUGCUUAAUUAUUGCUCUGAAUGCCCUGUUGAUUUACCUUUUAAUCAAAUAAAGAUAUUCAAUUAAUGCAUCUCAACACAAUUGUUGACAGAGUUUUUAUGUGAGAGAGUGAUGUAAUGUAAUGUAGAAUAUUCUUGGAUAAUGCAGUCACAGAAAAAUGAAAGCAGCCUACUUGUUUCUAACAAAUACAUUUUGCUGACAGAGUUGAGGUUUAUGAAUAUUAUUAUUCUGUUAAUUACUAAUUAGUCUUUGUCAUAAUUGUUGUAAGUGUUUAUUUUCCUGGCCAUACGACUACUAUAAACUGUUCAUUUUAAUGUUACAAUAAUGUUUAUUGAUUGUAUGUUGUUUUGGACAAAAGCGUGUGCUAUGAAUGAAGCAUAAACAUCUUUGAUUGA